AUGUCCGAGUUCCUCGAUGCCUACUGGCAGGCGCCGCCUGUUGCAAGAACAUUUGCAACAGCCGCGUUCGUCACGUCUCUUUCUGUUCUCCUGGGCGUCGCAAACGGAUACUGGUUCAUCUUCAUGCCCCAGUUCCUCUUCCAGAUCCCGCCUCAGAUCUGGCGUCUCGGGACCAACUUCUUGCUCACCGGCCCCCAGCUUGGCCUGCUCUUUGACACGUACUUCCUGUACCACUACCUGACGGCGCUCGAGGUCGGCAACCCUAGGUUCGCCAGGCGCGAGGAUGUCAUCUGGUAUCUCAUGUUCGUUUGCACUGUCAUCACGGCACUCUGCACCUACCUCAUGGGCGGAGGAGCCUUCCUGCCGGCUUUGAUUCUCGCCAUGUGCCGUACCGUCACCCAAGACCAGCGUGGGAUGAAGGCAAACUUUUACUUCGUCACCAUCCCCGCUCAGCUCACUCCAUUCUGCAUGAUGCUCGUGUCGUUGCUGUUCCCUGGCGGAUACUACACCGCUAUGCUCCAGCUCAUGGGCUUCCUGGCCGCUCACCUCUACGAUUUCCUGUCCCGGGUGUGGCCCGAGUUCAGCGGAGGCAGUAAUCUGAUUCCUACACCCGGCUUCCUGUCUCGUCUUGUGCAGACGCCUCGCUUUAAUCAGCGUGGAUACGGAACUGCCGUUCGCGGUGGUGGUGGCUCUGCCCAAACUUCGGGUAGCAGCACUGGUGUAUCACAGGGCGGCGGUGUUUUGCCCGAGUCGUGGAGGACGAGGGGCCCUGGCAGACGUCUGGGUUAA